UUCACUUCCUGUCAUUCUCCGGCUUGUGCCAUAAUUUUUUAAUUUUGCAUUUUAAGAUGGCGAUUCCAGCAGGUAAAACGCCUAUCAGUUACCUUCAAGAAUUGUGCACCAGAAGAGGCAUCACUCCCCAAUAUGACCUGAUGGCUAAUGAAGGUGCUGUGCAUGAACCAAUAUUCAUCAUGAGUGUAACUGUUGGGGAUAUAGUCUCCACUGGAAAAGGAUCAAGCAAAAAGAAGGCUAAGCAUGCAGCAGCCCAAGCAGCUUUAAACAGAAUACUGGGGUUACCCAACAAUGAAACACCUGAAGUUGUUCCUGAAAAUGACACUAGCAAAAAUGAUGAAGAUGGUCCAGGGAACCCAGUAGGUGAGCUACAGGAGUUUACACAGAAACGUCUCCUGAAACCACCUGUGUAUGAGUUCUCCAGUGAUAUGGGACCACCACAUGCAAGGGAGUUUUCAUGUUCAGUUAAACUAGGAAAGUACUCAGAAAAAGGAACAGGACGAUCUAAAAAGGAAGCUAAAAGGGCAGCUGCUUUGGCCAUGUUGACACAUAUAAGAUCAUUGACACAGGACGGAGAAGAACAGGCAGUAAUUGAAGAGGAGGAGGAGGAAGACGACAUCCUCCUGAGUGCCACAGAACUCAGGCAGUCAUACACAGCUCUGAAAGAGGGGAAGAAACGUGUUCCUAUUCCAGCUGCCAAACAAAACAAAGAAAUACAACAGUUUUACAACAAAAUUGCCAAAGUUGACAAGAAAAAUGGCAAAAUAAAAAAUGCUUCACUCACUGCCCCUUCAACAAACUACUGUCAGAUGUUACAGGAGAUUGCUGAAGCUCAAAGAUUUGAAGUCAAUUAUUUAGAUAUAGAGGAAACUAGUCAUUCAGGAUUAAGACAGUGUCUUGUCCAGUUAUCAACAUUGCCAGUAGCUGUUCUACACGGGUCAGGACAGAAUAUUUAUGAUGCUCAUGCUCAUGCAGCCCACAAUGCAUUGCAAUAUCUUAAACUUAUGAUCAAGUCAUAGCGAUGAAGCCCAGGUUGUCCCAUAGCCUCACUGUGGAUAAAUAAUGUCUUUUGUUAUUGCUGUGCUACCUUGUUAUUGCUUUAUGAAAGCAUUUUGUGUUGAUAUUUUAUCUCUUAUUAUGCAUGCCAUGAAAUGACUUAUGAACUUAUGGAGAUGGUGAAAGAUAUGUAUAGGAAAACAAUCUUUUAGCUCCCACAACUACAUGCAAAAAGUUGAAACAUAUUGUUGUAAAAGAUUAUUGGGUAGAAACUAGUGUUUCAACUUGGAUAUAUCAACUCAAAAACAUACAUUAUGUAUAUAUAAAUUAAAUUA